CCCAGCACAUUGGACACCAAGCAGGAACAUAGGACAACUUACAUAUCUCGUGCGGCCAUUUUCAAUCAUCCUGUGUGUCUGAGGGUUUCAACCUCAAGACAUUAGAAGCCUUAUCCUACACUUGUGUGUGUGGGCUCUGGGUGAUCAUGUCGACGGAGGUGGAACUAACUGGGUUUCUGUUGUGCGUAGCAAGCUGCCUGCUCACAGGCUCCUCACUAGCCAAUGACUACUGGAAGAUGUCCUCAGUGUCUGGCAGUGUCAUCGUAUCCACAUGUCAGUUCCAGAAUCUAUUUCACUCGUGUGCCGAAAACAGCGCCGGCAUUAGGAACUGGAAAGACUUUGAGUCUAUGCUCGCUCUGCCUGAUUACAUACAGGCAUGUCGAGCCCUGAUGAUCAUCGCUCUGCUCCUGGGUCUAGCUUCCAUCAUUGUGUCAGUGCGGGGGCUGAAAUGCACAGAGAUCGGCAGCACUUCUGAACAGGUCAAGGGCGAAAUCACUCUGUCCGGCGGCAGCUUGUUCAUCUUAUCAGGGUCUUUCCACCUUGACUGCUGUGUCAUGGUACGCUGCACGGGUGGUGCAGGAGUUCCAUGAGUAAGGUUUGAGCUGAGUACAGGUCUAUACAGGUCGGCCAUUCUAGGUGGGGUCAUGCUCUGCUGUUCCGGUAAGAGAGGUCCAUCAGCACCACCAACAAGGGGAUAUUCAUACAACUACUCAAAAACAAGACUUGGACAACAGAUCUACAGGGCAGCACCUGUGUCUGUCGGGGAGUUUAAAAAAAAUCUUGUUUGUUUGUCUGUUUCCAUUUAUUACUUCAGUAAAGUGUAAUUUUACUGGUUUGCAUUUGCUGUUAUAUUUUUGUUGUUUUGUUGUUGUUGUCUUCUUGAGUUGUGUGGGUCACUGUGAAUAUUAAUGCAAUGUUUAUUACUUUGAAAUGUUUUGAAAAUAAAACAACUUC